AUGAGUUGCAACGGUGUCGGAAUCAUGAGAUUCACCAAGUUGGUGGCGGCAUGCGCCCUCUGGAUCGCAACGGCUGCCGGAAAGCCCAUUUACUGGCAGGAUAGCUUCCACAGACACUGGCUGGCAACAUGGACGGCAAUGCCCCAGGAAGUUGAGAGCGCCAAUCUCCCGUCGAGUCCUUUUGGUGGAGCAGACGCCGACUUUCAGUUCAGGAACGCGACUUUGCGGCAGACAGUCCGGGUCUCAGUCGGAGCUGAGCGUGUACGCUUCCAAUUCUCAAAUCGUUUCGGCUUGACCGAGUUGCCCAUUACGGCAGCGUCCGUGGCCUUGCCAGAGGGGGGAAACGCAGGCGUAGGCGAGAUCGACACGUCGACUAUCCAGAGUCUCACCUUCAAUGGGGAUAAGUCAAUCACCAUUCCGCCCCAGGAGACUGUCUACUCCGAUCCAAUUGACUUUGAUGUACCACCCUUGACGAACCUCGCAAUCAGCAUCUACAGCGCGGAGGGACAGGCAAAGGCCAACAUUACUGGUCACCCGGGCAGUCGAACGACUUCGUGGAUGGAGACGGGGGACAGGGUUGACGCCUCUUCUAUUACAGAGGCCAGCCUGGUGCACUGGUACUUUAUUAGUGCCGUCGAGGCGUGGACUCCCAGAUAUACAUCUGGUCUCGUAAUCCUCGGCGAUAGCAUUACAGACGGGCGAGGGAGCGACGACAACAAGAACAACCGGAGAUGGCCCGACGCCCUCGCUGAACGACUACAACGGAGCAAUUUGGGUCACAUCGCUGUCAAUAACGAAGCAGCCGGCGGCAAUGCGAUCCUCGCAGGAGGGCUCGGCCCGCCCCUUCUGGACCGGUACCACCGCGAUGCCCUUGGACAAAAGGGGGUGAAGUACGUGAUGAUCUUCGAGGGCGUAAACGACAUCGGCGUCUCGGAUCCAGACACAGAAAUGCAAAACCAACUGUUCAACAGCUUGGUUGACGCGUACUUACGCAUCAUCCGGGACUGCAAGAACGCCGGGCUGACUACCAUUGGCGCAACCAUCACGCCCUUUGGAGGAAGUCAGUAUGCAGACCCUUCGCGCGAAAGAACAAGGCUCAGGAUCAACGAGUGGAUUCUGAAGCAUAGCCCUUUCGACCACACGGUCGAUUUCUCGUCGUUUAUCGGGGAUGGAGACCAGUUAAGGGCUGAAUUUGAUUCGGGGGAUCACUUGCACCCCAAUGUGGCUGCUUAUAAAGAACUGGCGCGGCGAUUGGACUUAAAGAUCUUUUGGUAUUAG